UUGUGCGCCUUCCAUUGGGCAGUACUCAAAACUUCCACCCAAUGCAAGAAUGAGGUAUCACGGUGUUCACAUCAUGUUAACUGAAUUAGGGUUCAUGCAAAUCAGUGGGUGACUUUGAUCCCGCACCUAAAUAUAGUGACCUUCGCCUGACCUCCACUAGCACACGAACCCACGAGUUGGUCACCCAAUUAACGGCACCCAAUUCCUUCUGCUAGAAUGCUGAGGAAAUUGGUUGUCUGCAGGUUAACGGUAAAAUGGAGAAGGAGAUGGAGUUACUUGAUGGGCCGGUGGAGGUUUCCUCCGACGAUGACAAAAUUCAAGAAUGGCCUGCAUCAAAGCCUUUAAACAGCAGCCCACUCCUCAAAACCAUCUUAAGUCAUACCCAAACCCCACCGGAGUCGCAGAGGAAAGAAAACAGCCACGGGGUUUGACAGGUAGGUGACACCUUAAAUGUGGCUUCUCAAGUUGUGAAGAUCCAACAACAGAUAGAUGACCUGAAGGCUAUAAUCGCAAAACAAGGGCAAUUCAAUGACGAUGUGCUUGAAAUGCUCCAGCAAGCCAUGAGUGGGAAGGACGGUUUACCAAUGGUUGGUAGCAACUCCCCGUACAUCAUUUGGUCUAGGAACAGGGGGACGACUACAACGGAACCCCUGAACAAGCCGGACACCACAGGGCUAAGAACUUACAAACAACGUAAGACCAGGACCAAGAACAAUAGGAAUGAUGACCCGGAUUAUGAUCCAAAGCUGAAUCAUAUCACCAACUCAGACGAUGGGUCGUUCAAGUUCAGCCGAGGCAAGGGCAAAAAAAAGGUCUCAUUCAAGACUGCUAUGCCGAAGUCCAGUCCUAGGGGGAGGCGUAAUCUGUUUCCGGCUUCGAUGAGUUCACGUGGAUGUCACGGACCCAAAAGCUCGUAUGUCAUGAACACGACCGUUAAGAUUGCUCGAGCAAGGAACCUUCAACAGAAGUUCAUGCUGCAUCGGAACCUGGAUAGCAGUUUCAUGGCGGGAGACAUUGGUAAAACAAUACCCAAGGGUAUGCCGGUCUCGUUUCAACCUACACUCGACAUGGAGAUAGAAGGCUUACACUUGGCCAUCGCCGCCUACAUCUUUAACACAAAACUGGAUCAAGAGGAGAUGCUUGUUUCGAAUCCACACUGUGCGAUGACACAGAAGGCACUGAGGACAUUAGAACCGGGAAAGCAAAUAGUGGAUGACGUGUUGAUUCUGCUGGCAAGGAUGCUUGCGUUUGACUCGACCAGGCUGCAGUGGUAUCUUCCAACGACAUUUGUGCAAAUAGCGACUGGGCGAGGACCUAUACCUGAAGCAACCAUUUCUGCUAUACGCAAGGACUUCAUGGGCUACGCUGACGAUGUGCUGAAGAUUUACUGCCCUAUGUGGUGCGAUAACCAUUGGUUUCUCGUUAUUGUUGACCUCUCACAAAAGCAACUGGUGUAUCUUGGCUCGCUGCGGUCCCCAACAGCCAGGUCAAAGAGACGUCGCCAGAUCCAAAAAUUGGCAAUAUUUCUGGAUGACCUCUUGGAUGACUGUGCUUGGUAUGCUAAUGCAGAUACUGACAAAAUAGAAUGCAAUGAGUUUGACAUAAAGGAGCCUGAAGUUGCCCAACAACUUCCUGAAAGCAAUGAUUGUGGCGUAUUUGUUGCGCAGUGGAUGAUCAUGUACCACUUGUUCUAUGACUACGAUAUCGAGGCAUUUCAGUUUGUGACUGAUUAUAGAAGGAUGCGCCUUGCAAUCGACAUGGUUUUAAAGUAUCACAAUGAUAACAGAAUGGAAACCGUUGAAGCAGCUCUAAAUUACUGGAGGAGUUUCACAAUUGCUCCAUGGUAGCAAUCCGGAAGGCGUACUUUGCCACUGAAUCUGUUUCUUUUGUUUGAGGCAUACAAACUUUUGUUCCGUUCAAGGACUUUUUAGUUGUGCUAUUUUGUAAGGUCAUUUGUGUAACCAAUAUGUAAGUGAAAACUGAUCUGUUUGUGCUACAGCACAUGUGAUCUUUAACAUGUUAUGUGGAUUUGAUGCUACCGGACAUAUAUAUUUUGAAUGGUGUGUAGGCUUUAAUUUACAACAUUAUUGGCAUAGCCUUUAGUAAUGGUUAGAGAAUACAGAUUGAGUGGCAUACUUUUGUUGGUGUGCCUUCAGAAAUGGUUGCCCGAUAACUUUGGUGUAUACUUGUGUACAAUGACUAUAACUUUUAGA